GGGAGGGAGAGUAAGACAAUGGAGCUGCUGCACUAAAAAGUACGACCUGUUCUUUAAUUAGUGUAACGAAGCUAAUUAGGUGUUCAACCCGAACCCUUAGACGCGAUAGUUUCUGUUUGGAGUGGUAAAGACAUCGGAAAGACGUCGAUCUCGCCUCUGACGAACGGAUAUUUAAGUGGUGGAUUACUGCGCCAUGUGCAUGAACUUGGUUAACGGACUGGCGGAUAGCUAGCUCAACUAGCAAGGACUUCGUGUGGUGAAGGAGUAUCCCGUGAAGCAUCCAAGCUCUGUCUGUGUUCUUCAGCGCCCUUUUUCUUUCUGCUGCGUGUAAGGAAUACAAGCCAUCUUCAUCAAGGUACUAUUUUCCGUUUGUUGCCCUCGUGGUGAAGUAGCCAUUUUGUUUUGGUUUCUACGAACCCCAGCUACGUACAGGCCUGCAACUGGUAGACUGAGUGCAGUUUUCAUUUACUUUUGCCGGCUUUUAUUAUUUAUUUUGUGACAAGUUUGAGUAAUAAUUUGAUGUUAUUGAUAUUUUUCAUUUAAACUUGACCUUGAUUUUUUUUUAACACAAUCUGCACAAUAUUUUAUCUGACCACACGUUUAGUAAACUGUUCAUUUUGUUUAAAUUGUGUUGUGUCUGUAUUUAGUGUGUUUCAUUUUCCUCGGUACCUGUUGAUAUAUUUAAUUAUAAAUAGAACCCACACUCAAGGUAAAGAUGAGACGAAUUGAUUAGGCUUAAUAUUGUUAGAUAUUUAUUUAAAAGAGCUCAGGUUAGCCACCCCAUAUUAGCCGGUAACGCUAGGGGCGCUACAUAAAUUGGAGGCACCGCUGGGAUUAUUGAGUGGGUUUUUAAUAAUUAAAGUUUCAAGUAGUAAUAAAGUACAACAUGGCAAGCCGAGCAGAGCUAGCAUUAGAGCUUAAAGGAUGGUGCCAGGGUGAAGCUUUAGAUGAAACUCGUGCACUUAUGGUUAUCAUCCAUGAUGACGUGAGUGUAAGUAAUAUUGAAGAUGCUCUUCAGAAGGUGAAGAGUUGGGGCCGUGUUCGUGUCAGAGGCCGAACGUUUAGCCUGCAGCACAAUAAUUAUAUGGUCUUGUGUGAAUGUAAAGAAAUAGUAAGAGGAGAGAGUGUUCCUUCUGAAAUCUUUCCUGACACGGGUGGUGAACCAUGGCCUAUCAUCAGAGCCGAUGAAUGCCCACAAACAGAUGUGCCAGGGUUUAAUCAGAAGUUAGCAGGACUACUGCAGGCUGAAGGUAAAACCUUGGAGGAUCUUCGCACGUUCUUUCCAGGACAAGAGCCUGCCUCUAACCCAACAGAGGCGAUACUGCGAGCUGUGUCAGAUUUUUUAGAUAAGACCUCUAAGCCAUCAAGUGAACAUGUCAGCUAUCGCCGCCUACGAUUUUUCUCUGGGAUAUUGCCCACUCCAGCAGGGGAAGAACAGUUUGACCACUGGCUGGAGCAGGCACGUGUCAUGGUGGAGGAAUCUGACUGCUCUUUCAAAGAGAAAAAACGGAGACUGAUGGAAUGUCUUAGAGGCCCAGCACUAGAACUUGUUAAAGCUGUGCGAGCUAGUAAUCCAGAUGUGAGUCCUGAGGAUUGUUUAGAGGCUCUUGAGCAUGCUUUUGGUACAGCAGAGUCAGGAGAUGACUUGUACUUUGCAUUUCGUUCGUUGCAGCAGCAAGCUGGUGAAAAGCUCUCUGAUUUCCUUAGACGGCUUGAACAUUCACUAAAUAAGGUGAUCCAGAAAGGUGGUCUUCCUUCUGAUUGUGCUGAUAAAGCAAGAUUAGAACAGUUAUUGAGAGGCGCUAUAGCUUCUGAUCUGAUGUUGGUCAAUCUCCGGUUAAGAGAAAGGAAAGCAAAGCCACCCACAUUUCUCGAAUUAUUGAGAGAGAUACGUGAAGAGGAAGAGUAUGAAGCCUCAAGGAGAAAGAUUAGUCCGGUUGUGCAAGGUGCCUGCAUCAUACAGGAGAUGGAGGUAAAACAGACUUAA